AUAAUUUUACCAGAAUUUUCCUUCCAAGCCUAAUUUCUCUGGUAUAGAUUUGACAACUCAAACAGAGAUAAUAAUUGUUACAUCAACUCUGUGCUUAACCUGUACAUGAGAGUAGACUCAAUGAAGGAGCCAUUGAAAUAAAAUAUCCAGAACAGUCUCUACUGAUUCCAAGAACUUCAACGUGACUACUAAGGAAAUACUUCAGAUAAUGAAUGAGGCAUUUGAAGAUCCUGAAAUAUACAAGGACACGCCUGAAAACCCAGAGGAUAAGUUCUCAAAUAUUCAGCAACUGAGCAACCUCAGAGAGACUAUGAGUAUAAAUUACCCCAAUAGUUUCAGAAUUAAAGAACCGAGCGACGCACAGCUAUUUCUAGCCCUAUUGCAUCAGCUUUUUGCAGAGACCGAUCUCAAAGACCUUGUCCAGAAAACUUUUAAUAUAUCCUAUAUCUCGUUUGAUGAGCAUGAUCAGGAGAAAACAAAGGAGAGACAUACCUAUUUCCUCACAAUUCCUGCUGAUGAUAUCGUCGUUGGAAGUUCUCUGGUUAAAAUUAGCCCUAAAAUAAGUUUGAGACAUAAAUUAAUUCGAUUGGCUAAACAUACAUUAGCAUAUCCAGAAAGCUCGGACUUAGACGUCAUUAAGACGAUCUGUAAAGGAGAAGAAGGUUUCAAAGAGCCUGAACCAUUAAGUCUUAUCAGAGAACCUCCUGCAAUUAUCACAUUCUAUCUGCAAUAUGGGGAGUAUUUCAACUCUGUAGAUUCAGAGUUCUCAAGCCGGAGAGAAAUGAUCCACUUGCUACCUCCUUCUUUCCCUUUAUUUGACCUUUUUACUCCAUGAUAUGACGGGUCAGAUAUUUCCAUAAGUUCAAAUACCCUCUCAACUGUACAUGAGCCUGAAGAAUAUGACCUCCUUGGCUUUGUAGGUUACUACGGACAUCACUACAUGGCCUUCCUUCAACACAAAGGGACAUGGCAUUCGUGCGAAGAUGAAAAUCACAAAGUGCUAGGAGGAUAUAAUAUGAUGGUAAAUCACUGAAGAAAGAAUAAGAUUAUUCCUUACCUAAUCUUUUACCAAAUGAAGCCCCGUAGGCUCACAGAAAGCACAAAGGAAACUGACCCAAAAGUUGGGGAAGAAGAGUCAGUAAGCACUACCAAAGUAGAUUUGGAAGAGACUAAAGGCGAAAGUGAUGCUGGAGGAAAAUUAUGAAAAUUAGAAUCAAUACCGAGACAUCUUGAAGACUUGGAUGAUAUAGGAGAAGUAGAGGAAGACUUAGAGACUACUGCAUUGAAUGCUACUAAUAAUAGACAUUCUGAAGAUAAAAGCAUUACACAAUUAAAGAGCACGAAAGAGAAGCUUUUAAAAACACAUUGGAAGUUAGCAAGAAGAAGAAUGGUAGAAAAUCAAGGAUUUGGGGUUGAAGACCUAGACCCUUCCAAAAAGUCAAUCACCAUUUCAUGUGAAGACUCUGUCCCUAGUUCUGAGUCAAGCCUAGAUAUUACCCAUAAAAAGCCACCUGCGACCACUGAAUGCUACUUAACAAACUCUGACCUAAACCGGCCUAAGACACACUAUAAGAACAAUUCCCUUCAAAAGAAGAACCUAAAAAGAAGGUUAUCUGACCGCAAGAGUGCUCCUCAUUCUCUCAAAGAAAAGCCGCGGGGUUGAAAAUGAGCUAUUUUUUAGCCCUAUUUUUGAAUGUUUCAAUGU